AUGGAUGGUGCCGACCUUCUGGAGCGCAAUAUUCGCACAAUGCUCGAAGCUUCGUCCCGCAAGGUGCGUGAGGAAGCUGCGGUGCAACUUCAGCUAGCACUUAACGGCGGAUCUCUGGCCCCGGAACAGGAGCGUAGUAUUCUUGGUGCAUACCUCACUCGCUUUCGCGAUCCUUCUGAAGCCAUGCGUCUUUGCGUUAUAGAGAUUGUCAGGGGGAGCUUUUCCAACCUUAGUUGUCUGGAUGCUAUCCUUCCACGUGCAAUCCAUGAGAUUUAUACCAUCCUCGCCUGCGCACCAGUCACAGAAGUAGAAAAAUCCGAGGUUGUUCGGCUGCUCCUUUUGAAGCUGCUGCUUCGGAUCAUUCACACCUGCAAUGAGAGCAAUCCCUCUUUGAUCGAAAGCCUGUCACUUUUCUUUAAGGAGGUCACAGAAAUUCUCAAGGCCCAGAUGAAAGACCAGGCACCCGACAAUCGCAUAAUAAUCAACAAGUGCUUGUUCAAGCUCUCCAAAACGUAUCAAAAGAGAAGCCAUCUCUGGAAUAAAGAGAUAGUUCGCGAUGUCACAGUUGCGAUGCUAGAAAACUAUAGGCACACGGUUUACACCGUCCGCAUGACCACCAUCGAUACUCUAUGCAGCAUCCAUCUUUCCCCAGCAUCAGAAGACAUAGCCACUCUUGUGGCCCCAUACGUCUCCCUGUUUGUUAAUGAUUCUAAUUUUAAUGUGCGCCGGUCAGUAGCCACCAUGGCUGCUGUAUGGCUUGACGAACAUAUUGAUCGGCACGUCUACUUGGACUUUUUCUGUGGGAUUCUUUUGUCCUUGGCAUUAGACAAGGACAUUAACAAAGAGGUAUUUGAUCUCUUCAUAGCUUGUGGAGAGACGUAUGAGCGCGAGCAUAAAGAUGAUCUAAGACUCUCCAAAGAGCUUAACCAGCCCCCUGUCAUCGUUGGUUAUAAUAAGUUUCUCCAACGAGUGGCUCCACGUAAUUACCUAGAAAAUGUCGCUAGAUUGAUUUCGGGGUCUGAGAGCAUAGAGUCUCUAGAGUCGUGCCAUCCGCUGCUGCGUUUAGGACUCGGCUGUAGGUGCCUUGCGGAAAAGACAGCUGUUAAAGUCAUCAAAGCUGUUCUGGCUGAUAUUACGGGGUCAAAUGACGGCUACAGAUCCAAGGCAUGUGAUAUGCUUGCCAUGCUUUUAAUAACUAAUGAGCAUAACAAUAUUCGUUAUUCCCCAAGCAUUCUGGAGCAAUUGAUAUCAUUUUUUGUAGGCGAAAGGAUCCGGAAUAACGUGCAGGAGCAACUGGACCACAUCAUGGAUCUUGUUUUUUCAUUCCUCAUUCCACAAGAGAUCAUUUGCUUUAUCCUGAGCUUUUACCGACGAAGCCAGUUGAGUGUUCGACAGCUAGGGGGGCUACUGACCCUCGUUAAAAAGUUUAUUGAUAUUAGAACGUUUUUUAUCCUGGAAGGCAUACAGUACACCAUAAAAGAACAUAACUUAGACAUAGGGUACAUAGUUAAAGUCAUCAAUGAGAUCCUAUUGAAGGAUAACGUCCUUUACAACGAUGAUGCAUAUGUGCAGAGCUGCUUUCAAGGCUCAAUCUAUUCCAUCGUGAAGUACGUAAUUCUUCUUUGCAACAAUAGUACCAGUGAGGCCUUUGAGGCCAGUUUACGAGAAGUAGGAGAGGGAAAAGAUGCUUCUGACGUCUCAGACCUCCUGGCGAAGCUAACUAUCUGUAUAGUUUCAGCGGAGUCCAAGUCGAUACCUGACAACGCCAUUGCAGCAGCGCUGGAAUCCCCAUACGGAACAGCCAAACGCAGCCUCGAUCAGCGUCACAAGACAUCGGCAGCUUCUCUUGAGGUAGAUCUUAAUAGAUAUGAAUCCAGGACAAUAACAGAACUACUUAAGGCUUAUUUUGGGAGGAAGUGCAUCGAUAACACCAUUUUAUCCGCCUAUUUCACCAAGAGCUUUGACCUUAUAAAUCUUGACCCCACAUCUUACGACUUAGAGAAGCGCAUGAGCUUCCUGAUGAGAAUGAUGCUUUCAUUUAUUUCUGCUGGCUAUCAACUGCCUCCAGAAGUCGAGAGCACCAUGAGGAGGCUCUUCGUUCAACUUAUGCGUUUAACCAAUAAGACUGAUUAUCCUACGUGCAUACGUACUGCUGCUUGUCGUUGUGUGUAUCUAGUUGUCUCUUGCUUGACACGUACUCUGUCGAUGAGCAAUCCUAACAUGCGAUAUUUCUUUGCGCAGAUCCUACUUGUGUCUACAUGGCAGUUUGGUGCGAGAACACCAGAGUGUCUGGAGUACCUUCUACGUGCACUCGCCUCCAUGACGAGUAGCCUUACCAUUGAGUCCUUUAACCUUCUUGGUCAGGCUCACAAAGAUUGUCACGGGACACUCCUAGGCAGAAUUGUCAGUAACUUAGAUGCAGAUACGCCUGGCUGCCGCAUCGCUGCCCUCGAUAUCCUUAAAGGGGUGUAUAGAUAUGUUGACUAUGUCCGCACCCUUGAACUAUUGUAUCAGCUAGUUCAGCGGGUGAAUGAUUGUGUCAGCAGAAUUACUGUGGACUCGCUGCAUCUCUGCGGGGAGAUCUUAUCUUUUCAUCACGAAGAAGCAAUGAAAAGCCCCAAGAAGAUGGCACGUCCUGGCCAAACAAAUGUAUUGGUGAUUGCAAAUAAGGAGCUUCUUAAGUUGCUAGUGCUGCACAUCGAUGACUCCGUCUCUGAGAUUUCAGAUGCAUGCAUGGCUUUGCUCAAGCAGAUGCGUUGUAUGUGUACACAGCUGACAUGCUAUAACAUCAGACAGCUUUGUGAAGAGCGGUUAGAGAGGUGUAGUCGGAGGGCGCUAUAUUCAGACUUGAAAGCUCUUUAUGAAGAUGUGCAAUCAGAGCCCGCUGCUAACGAAGAGGAGAUGCUCUUGACACGAGAGUAUGAGGAGGAGGUUGCAAGAAGAGAACGUGAGCGCGAGCGCGAAAACUUAAGUAGUACGCCGAGUCAUCCUGACUCCUCCACUCUGGACACCGUGCAAAGACUCAAUAAAUAA